AUGUAUUCCGAAGCCAUGAAACAAAAUCCAAUCGACACUUCAACAGUGAUAAAUAAUGGAAAAUACAGAAGACCUGUCGAUCAUCGUAUAUUUGUGAAUCGUACUGUAAAUUUAAAUAAUAUUGAAUAUUUUGGAUUUGAUAUGGAUUAUACACUUGCUAAUUACAUUUCACCAGUAUUCGAAUCCAUGUGUACAAAAUUAAUUUUACAAAGACUUGUUGAUUCUAAGGGUUAUCCACCUGAGAUUCUUCAAAUUACCUAUGAUCCAUCAUUUGCAGUGAGAGGAACAUUCCUCGAUAAGAGACAUGGUAAUAUUUUGAAAGUUGACCAUUAUGGAUUUAUUUUACAAUGUGUACAUGGAAAGAAGGUUGUUAAAAGAUCUGAUUAUGUGCAUUGUUAUCCUGAUUUUUUGAUUCAUCCAGAAGCUGAAAUUGGAGAUAGAUAUUUCUGUUAUGAUACUUUAUUUGGAAUUCCAGAAGCAUCACUUUAUGCAUCAAUGGUUGACUAUUUUGAAAAGAGUAAUUUUAUUGCAUGUAAAGAAAGUGGACAAGUUACAAGUGAUUCAGAUGAACAAGUAGAUCAAGAUGCUAGACUUUCCUAUUGGUCACUCUUUGAUGAUAUUAGAGAAUGUGUUCAAGCCAUUCACAGUGAUAGCAGUCUCAAGACAACUGUCAUGGCUGAUUUGGAUAAAUAUAUUAAGAAGGACGAAAGAUUACCUCUCUUGUUUGAUAGAAUGAGAAAAGCAGGUAAAAAGAUAUUCCUCCUCACCAAUUCUGAAUACUUUUACACUAAUGCUGUGAUGGCCUAUUUAUUGGACAAAUCAAUUGAUGGAUAUGAAAAGUGGACUGAUUUCUUUGAUAUUAUCAUUACAAAUGGGCAAAAACCUAAAUUUUUCAAGGAAGGAACAACUCUCAGAGAAGUAGAUCAAGCAACUGGUAGUUUGAAAUUAUCAGCAGUUAAGGGAUUCAAGAAGGGAAGUGUUUAUACUGGAGGUUCAUUUAGUUUAUUCAAGAAAUUCACCAAAACAAAGGGAUCUGAGGUUCUCUAUGUUGGAGAUAAUAUUUUCCAUGACAUUAUUGAAACUAAUAACUGGAUGACAAAAAGAUCAACUGAAAUGUGGGCUAAAGUAAAUACAUUGGAAUAUUUACGUGCUGAGAGCUUCAAGGGACUUGACUCUUCAUAUCCAAUCACAACAAAGAGGGAUGAAGUACCAGUGAAACAACAAAUUGUUAAGGCGCAAGAAGAAUUGAAUGCUCACUUUAACUCAUACUUUGGUAGUACAUUCAGAUCUGGCACAAGAGAAUCAUACUUUAGCACUCAGGUUCAAAGAUUUGCCGACUUGUAUUGUAGUGAUGCUGUUCUUUUGUUAUACUAUCCAUUCAAUUAUUACUUCUCGACAAUACCAACCUUAUUACCACAUGAAAGAGCUGCUCUUCGUCAAUUUGAGAAGGGCACUACUGUAGCUUAA